AGGAGAUAGAGAGUACUCAUAUCAUUUCAUUUCUUCUCAUCUUCUAUUUGAGCUCUCAGCAUCUCAAUUCUCCGCCGUUUUCCCCCUUUUCUCAGACCUUCAAUGGAGCGAGCGGUGCUCCUCCGUUCAUUCUCCUCUUCAUCCCCCGCCUCCUCCGUGCUCGCCUCAACCAGAUUCUUCUCCCGCUCCGCUCACCGCCUUGCGCGCCUCCCUAGACGACACCGUCUGCUCCCCGCCGCCCACCGCGGCUCCCUCCUCGGGCGGCACAUCGGUCUCAUCUCACCGGCCUGCCGUCCUUCUAUUCACCUGAAAGGACAGUUCUGCCCCCUCUCUGUACGCGCCGUUGCUACCUCGUCCGCCCAGCCUUCGUCUGAUACUUUGGGAGCGGACGAUGAAGUGGCGGAGAAGCUCGGCUUUGAGAAAGUAACGGAGGAAUUUAUUGAUGAGUGUAAGUCUAGAGCUGUGCUGUAUAAGCACAAGAAGACUGGCGCUGAGAUCAUGUCUGUUUCCAACGACGACGAGAACAAAGUAUUCGGCAUUGUUUUCCGCACUCCUCCAAAGGAUUCGACGGGAAUUCCUCACAUUCUAGAGCACAGUGUGCUAUGUGGUUCGAGAAAGUAUCCUUUGAAAGAGCCUUUUGUUGAGUUGUUGAAAGGGAGCUUGCAUACAUUUCUGAAUGCUUUCACAUAUCCUGAUAGGACUUGCUACCCUGUUGCUUCCACAAAUACAAAGGAUUUUUAUAACUUAGUAGAUGUGUACCUAGAUGCAGUCUUUUUCCCCAAAUGUGUUGAAGAUGUUAAAACAUUUCAACAAGAAGGUUGGCAUUAUGAACUGAAUGACCCUUCAGAGGACAUCACUUAUAAAGGUGUUGUUUUCAAUGAGAUGAAAGGUGUCUAUUCUCAGCCAGAUAGCAUACUAGGCCGAGCUUCCCAACAGGCCCUUUUUCCUGAUAAUACAUAUGGUGUUGAUAGUGGCGGUGAUCCACAAGUUAUUCCUAAUUUAACUUUUGAGGAAUUCAAGGAGUUCCACCGUAAAUACUAUCAUCCUAGCAAUGCGAGGAUAUGGUUUUAUGGAGAUGAUGAUGCAAAUGAAAGGCUAUGCAUUUUAAGCGGUAUGCAUAUAUCCUUCUGUGUGAUUAUUGGUGUAUUUCUAUUUAAUCGUUUAUGGAAACCUUGCGUAAAACUUAUUGCGCCUCGUCUUUUUCCCCAUACUUUUGCAGAAUAUCUAGACAUGUUUGAAGCGAACUCAGCUCCUGAGGAAUCAAAAGUGAACUAUCAGAAACUGUUUGCGGAGCCGGUUAGAAUUGUUGAGAAAUAUCCUGCUACUGAUGGGGAUGACAUGAAAAAGAAGCACAUGGUGUGCCUUAAUUGGCUCCUCUCAGAAAAGCCUCUAGACUUAGAAACAGAGCUAGCCCUGGGAUUUUUGGACCAUUUAAUGACUGGAACUCCUGCUUCUCCUUUGAGAAAAAUCCUGCUAGAGAGUGGUCUAGGGGAUGCAAUUGUUGGUGGUGGUAUUGAAGAUGAGCUUCUUCAGCCUCAGUUUAGUCUUGGGCUGAAAGGUGUAUCAGAAGAUGACAUUCAUAAAGUAGAAGAAUUAAUCUUGAAUACACUAAGAAAGCUGGCAGAUGAAGGCUUCCCUUCUGAAGCUGUGGAAGCAUCAAUGAAUACAAUUGAGUUCUCUCUAAGAGAAAACAAUACUGGAUCAUUUCCUCGUGGCCUAGCGCUCAUGCUUCGCUCCAUGGGGAAGUGGAUUUAUGACAUGGAUCCGUUUGUGCCAUUAAAGUAUCAAGAACCUUUACAGGCAUUGAAAGUUAGAAUAGCCGAGGAAGGCUCAAAAGCAAUAUUUGCUCCCUUAAUAGAAAAAUUCAUUUUGAAUAACCCACAUCGUGUAACUAUUGAAAUGCAGCCUGAUCCAGAGAUGGCUUCGCGUGAUGAAGCAGCUGAAAAAGAAAAUCUGGAAAAGGUGAAAGCUAGAAUGACCGAAGAGGAUCUUGCUGAACUAGCUCGUGCGACUCACGAACUUAAGUUGAAACAGGAGACUCCAGAUCCACCAGAAGCUCUGAAAUGUGUACCGAGCCUCUCUUUAAAAGAUAUUCCUAAAAAGCCUAUACAAAUUCCUACCGAGGUGGGCGAUAUCAAUGGGGUAAAGGUGUUGCAGCAUGACCUUUUCACAAAUGAUGUUCUAUAUGCUGAAAUUGUAUUCAAUAUGAGUGCAUUGAAGCAAGAGCUUCUUCCAUUGGUACCAUUAUUCUGCCAAUCUUUGCUGGAAAUGGGUACCAAAGACUUGGACUUCGUACAGCUGAACCAGUUAAUUGGAAGAAAAACUGGUGGGAUAUCUGUAUAUCCUUUCACGUCAUCAGUCCGAGGGAAAGAGGACCCAUGCAGCCGUAUAAUUGUCCGAGGCAAAGCCAUGUCUGAUCGUGCUGAAGAUUUGUUUAAUUUGGUCAACUGUGUUAUGCAAGAUGUUGAAUUAACAGACCAAAAGCGUUUUAAGCAGUUUGUUUCCCAAAGCAAAGCAAGAAUGGAGAACCGAUUAAGAGGCAGUGGACAUGGCAUUGCAGCUGCAAGAAUGGAUGGAAAGCUCAAUGUUGCUGGUUGGAUCUCUGAGCAAAUGGGUGGUGUCAGUUACCUGGAAUUUUUACGAGCUCUUGAAAGUAAAGUUGAUGACGACUGGCCUGGAAUAGCUUCUUCUCUUGAGGAGAUACGAAGAACGCUGUUUACGAAAAAUGACUGCCUAGUAAAUCUUACAGCUGAUGGACAAAAUCUUAAGAACACAGAGAAGUAUGUUGGUAAAUUUCUUGAUAUGCUUCCUAGCAGCUCUCCAGUUGGGUCAAUGGCUUGGAAUGCUAGACUCCCUCCCACAAAUGAAGCUAUUGUGAUACCGACUCAGGUAAACUAUGUAGGAAAAGCAGCAAACCUUUUUGAGACUGGCUAUCAACUUAAAGGUAGUGCAUAUGUCAUCUCAAAAUACAUAAGCAAUACAUGGCUGUGGGACCGUGUGCGAGUCAGUGGUGGAGCUUAUGGAGGGUUUUGUGAUUUUGACACUCACUCAGGUGUCUUCUCAUUCUUAUCAUAUAGAGAUCCCAAUUUAUUGAAGACACUUGAUAUCUAUGAUGGAACAAGCAACUUUCUCAGAGGACUUGAAAUGGAUGAUGAUGCUCUCACUAAGGCAAUUAUUGGGACUAUUGGGGAUGUUGAUUCCUAUCAGCUACCUGAUGCCAAGGGAUAUAGUAGUUUGAUGAGGUACUUGUUAGGAGUCACCGAGGAAGAGAGGCAGAUUAGAAGAGAAGAAAUUUUGUCAAUGAGGUUGAAUGACUUCAAAGAGUUUGCUGAUGUUAUCGAGGCAGUUAAGGACAAAGGUGUCUCGGUUGCUGUUGCAUCCUCUGAUGAUGUUGAUGCUGCUCACAAGACAUGCCCCGACUUCUUCCAAGUGAAGAAAGCUCUCUAAGAUCUUAAAGUGAGUGUCGAGAAAUUCACGUAAGGCACCCUUUUCUUGCACUCGCUUCCCCCAUGAUAUUGGUCAGCCAUACAAAUGAAAAGGAGUUAUUCUACGUGGCUUUUUCGAAAAAAAAAAUCAGAUUACUAUCAUCCAGGCUUUGAGCGCUGUCAAAUGGAAGCUGGAGUUCGUUCCAUUACAAAUACAGAUAACAAAAGAUGUUGAAUCUGUUUGAACAGUAUUUCCCAGAGCCAUUUGUGCCCCACCUAGAUGAUGCCACUUUGAUAUAUAACAUUUACAUUACAUUCCCUCAAUUCAAAUUAAGGAAUGCAAUCUUAAGAAAAA